AUGAUAGAAUCAAAUUUCGAAGGGAAGCCAUUGCUUACACCUCAAGAAAUCAAAGGUGAAUGCAAGGAUGUUUGUGUCGCAUCGUUGGAUAAUCCGGCAAAUAAUGUGGAAUGGACACUUGCCGAGAUGUUAAAUCGACCUGAGACUCUUAAAAGGGCUGUGGACGAACUCGACAGAGCAGUCGGAAAAGACAGACUUGUGCAAGAAAGUGACAUACCGAAUCUCAACUACAUAAAAGCUUGUUGCAGAGAGUCUUACCGACUUCAUACCGUUGCUCCAUUUUUACCCCCUCAUGUAGCUACUGAGGACACGUCCCUCGGGGGAUAUUUGGUCCCAAAAGGUAGUCAUGUGCUGGUGAAUAGGAUCCUGUUGGGUCGGAACCCUAAGAUUUGGGAGGAUCCGGAGGUCUUCAAGCCAGAGCGCCACCUCAAUGGGGACGGUUGCUCGGAGAAGGUGAGUCUGAUGGAGGCGGAGAUGCGGUUCGUGACGUUUGGUACAGGUCGUCGUGGUUGCAUAGGUGCUAAGGUUGGGACAUACAUGACAGUGAUGUUGUUGGCUAGGCUUCUCCAGGGGUUCACUUGGAAGCUCCCUCCGAGUUCGGGGUCGAGUCCAGGUCGAAUCGAGCUCGUGGAGUCGCCAACCAGUCUGCUGAUGGCUAAAUCUCUAGUUCUAUCCGUGGAACCGAGGUUAGCUCCGCAUAUGUACCCGCAAUUUCGCAACUGA